GAGGGGGGGAGAGAGAGGCAAUAUCAGAUUGAGAGAGGCACAUGGAGAAAAGCAGAGAUUGGAAGAAUGGAAGCGAAGGAAGGAGUGUGAGAAUGAGAGAUGAAGCUGUCCAGAUUUAACCGGCUGCACUUCCAUUCAGCUGUCACUCGAGGAGAGGUCAGCGAUCUAGUUCUCUAGAGAUCGAGCUGGUGGCUCGUGUUGUUGACCCAACUCCCCCAGAGUCUGACCGAAUCCUGAGGCAGUGAGUCAAGGAGGAAGAGAGAGAGACCCAGAGAGAGACCCAGAGAGAGAGAGAGAGAGAGGGAGAGAGACAGAACCCAGAGUCCAGCGACGUUGUGGAAGACAUGGACUGAGCCUCACGCAGCCCCGCUCACCCAGGAAUCUGCAAUGGAAAACGUCAGCCUGAAGGAAAAGGUGGAACACCUUCCCGUACAGAUAUUUCCGGAUCCCUUGGAAAGUGCCGACGAGGGUUGCCGGAGGAUCAAGGGCCGCCUGCCCUCGAUUACGGUGGAGCUGACCGAUGCAAGCGAGGUGGAGAGUGGCGAGUUACGUUGGCCCCCUCCUGAAGCCAGCGCCAAGCCAGACGCUCCCGGAGAAACCCAGCCAGGGCCCAGCGAAGCUGCACCAGCCGGUGAGGAUCCAACCGCGGAGGCUGCACCUCUCUCCCUUUGCCGUCUUUUACCAGCUCGGUGUCAGGAGAGGACGAGGCGGAGCAGAAGGAGGCGGAGACGGAGAGAGGUGGGGGAGCCGAGGCCGUGAGCCUACCCCAGGCCGGGGAGGGGGGCGUGGGGGUUGGCGAAGUGAGGAACUGAGAAUGGUGUCCCGUUCCUGAGGUUGGUUGUGAAGGAAUCUGCUCCUGGACGGAGGGUGCAAAGCUCACCAUCAACAUUCCAAACCCCUCCCGCCCAUUAAAAGAUUCGGAUGACCUUUGGGAGAUGACCUUCCUGACCUCUGACCCCUCCAUCUUUACAUGUCAGCUUGGCUCUGGGACCUUCACUCAUCAGCUCAAACUCUAGGCCGUGAGCAUCUUGGUAACAUGGCGGCUCAGUGGGUUAGUACUGCUGCCUAAUGGCGCUGGGGACCCUGGUUCGAUCCCACCCUCGGGCGCCUGUCUACAUGGAGUUUGCAUGUUCUCUCCAUGUUUGCGUGGGUUUCCUCCCACAGCCCAAAGAUGCACAGGUUAGGGUGGCUUGGCCAUGGGAAAUUGCCCCAUAGUGUCCAAGGAUGUGCAGGUUAGUCAUGGGGAAAUACAGGUUAGAGGGGAUAGGUCUGGAUGCCCUUUGGAGGGUCAGUGUGGACUCAAUGGGCUGAAUGGUCUCUGUCUGCACUGUAGAAUGGAAUCGAUUCCCUGGUGUGAUCCAGCAUGGAGGGAAGGACAAGGGACAGCAGAUCCAUUGAUCACCACCCCACUGCUAUCCCCCUCUUUGGGUGGAGCUCCAGAACCGUGUGAUGUGAUCUCUCAAAGUGUGGAAGCAGACCAUUCAGCCCAUGGUGCCGACGAUAGCCCACUUGAAUAGAUCGGUUUCCCAUUCGAUUCAAAUCAAUGCAGGAGUCGGCCAUUCUGCCCCUUCAGUGUGCUGGGUCAUUUGCUGAUUGGACGGCAGGCUUGACCGCACCUUUUAGUCCUUUCCACCCUUUGAUCUCUGUUCUUUCCCCAGAAUCCGGACACUGUUCCCCCACUCACCAUUGUAACGUUGGGCUUGUUUCCAUCGACUUGGUAAGACCCCAUCCUAGAUUACAACAACUCCCCAAGGAACCCCCUUACCCCAGGUCAGCUUUGUCUGUUUUGAUUCUGAGGAACGUUCAUCACUCAGAAAUGUUUACUCUGUUUCUGUGGCCAUAGACACUACUGACAGUUUCCAGUUUUUAUUCUCUUCCCCUCCUCUGCUUUGUCAAGAAACCCUUUGUGUUUCCAAACGCCUCGAUCAAAUCUUCGAAGAGUACAUCACCCUGGUCCUGCUCCAGGUAACACAACCAGAAAUUGCUGGAAAAACUCAGCAGGCCUGGGCAGCAUCCGUGGACAGAAAGCAGAGUUAACCUUUCAGGUUCAGUCACCCUUCCCUCAGGUCUAUUCAUUUCCAAGAUACAAGAUCCACAUACAAGACCUUCAGGCAGCACCUUCCAAACCCAUGACCACUUCCAUCCAGAAGGACAAGGGGCGACAGAUACUUGGGAACACCACCCCCUGCAAUGGGAAUAUAUCAUUAUUCCUUUAGUGUCGCUGGGUCAAAAUCCCGGAAUUCCCUCCCUCAGGGCAAUGUGGGUCUACCUACAGCACACAGGCUGCAACAGCUCAAGAAGGCAGCUCACCCCCACCUUCUCAAGGGGGCAAUUAGGGACGGGGUGAUAAAUGUUGGCGAAGCCUUUUAUCUCAGGAGUGAAUAUGAAAGUAUUAACAAAGGGCCUGAUGCUGGUUAACACCAAACUUCAGCUGUCAUGCAAUUUGUAAACCAAAUGAUUAGUGGUAGAAUGGAGCAAUAUCAGUUGCACCCUAACUCAC